AAAUCCCUAACCUCAUUUGUUCCCUUCAUUUCUCCUCCCACUUCCAAAACCCUAAAAACCUUCUCUAUCAGUAUCCUGCUCUCCAUCUUCCAUUGCUGAACUUUGGCAUCAAAAAGGAUGACAGAGUUCGAAGUAGGCGCAGUUCCAUUCAACUCCGACGGUUGGGGACCACCAGAAACACCAUCGCAGCUUCUCCCCAAUCAUCCAUCAAACGUUCCUUUUGCUCCUUUCAAUCGUUCUGAAAAACUAGGUCGAAUUGCAGAUUGGACUAGAAACUACAACAACCAAAACCGUAACCCUAGAAACAGUGGUCAUGAUUCUGUUUUCGAUUUCAAUCUCGAUGAUUCUAUACCUGUUGAUGAUGAUAAUACGUUCCACUUAGUUGAUGGAAAACCACCACCAAGACCCAAGUUUGGUCCAAAGUGGAGAUUUCAACAACAACGUCAACUUCCUCAGCGUCGUGAUGAAGAAGUUGAGGCUAAGAAACGUGAACAAGAGAAAGAGAGAGCUAGACGUGAUCGUCUUUACAAUCUUAAUCGAUCUGGUAAUAAUAAUCCUCGUCGUGAAGCUGCUGUUUUUAAAUCAUCGGUUGAUAUUCAACCUGAAUGGAUUAUGUUAGAUCAAAUCCCGUUUUCGACUUUCUCUAAAUUAUCAUUUUCUGUACAAGAUCCUGAAGAUUUACUUGUUUGUGGUGCUUUAGAAACAUAUGACCGUACUUAUGAUAGGGUUAAUCCUAAGAAUGAAAAACGUUUGGAAAGAUUUAAGAAUAGGAAUUUCUUUAAAGUUACUACUACUGAUGAUCCUGUUAUCCGUCGACUUGCUAAUGAAGAUAAAGCUACUGUAUUUGCUACUGAUUCAAUUUUGUCUACUUUGAUGUGUGCACCAAGAUCUGUUUACUCUUGGGAUAUUGUGGUUCAACGUGUUGGAAACAAGUUGUUUUUUGAUAAGAGAGAUGGAUCUCAGCUUGAUUUGCUAUCGGUUAACGAGACUUCUCAAGAACCGCUGCCUGAAGCUAAAGAGGAUAUUAAUUCUGCUUAUUCGUUGAGUGUUGAAGCUGCUUACAUUAAUCAGAACUUCUCCCAGCAGGUUUUGGUUAGGAAUGGUAAUAAGGUUGGGUUUGAGGAGCCAAAUCCAUUUGCUAGCGAAGGUGAAGAAGUUGCAUCCGUAGCUUACCGUUAUAGAAGGUGGAAGCUUGAUGAUGAAAUGUUUCUUGUGGCUAGGUGUGAAGUUCAGAGUGCAUCGGAAACUAAAGGACAACAAUCCUUUUUGACCUUGAAUGCUCUUAAUGAGUUUGAUCCAAAAUAUUCAGGUAUUGACUGGAGGAAGAAGUUGGAAACUCAGAGAGGAGCAGUUUUGGCUACUGAACUUAAGAAUAAUGCUAACAAAUUGGCUAAGUGGACUGCUCAAGCACUACUGGCAAGUGCUGAUAUGAUGAAAUUAGGGUAUGUUUCUAGAGUUCACCCGAGGGAUCAUUUCAAUCAUACUAUUUUAUCCGUGGUUGGAUAUAAGCCUAAGGAAUUUGCUACACAAAUCAACCUGAACACAAAUAAUAUGUGGGGAAUUGUCAAGUCAAUUGUUGAUUUGUGCAUGAAAUUGAAAGAGGGGAAAUAUGUUCUUGUUAAGGAUCCGUCAAAGCCGCAGGUAAGGAUUUAUGAGGUUCCAGCUGAUGCAUUUGAGAAUGAUUAUGUGGAGGAGCCAUUGCCUGAAGAUGAACAAGUACAACCUCCUACAGAGGAAGAGGCUAAUGCUGAGGCACUAGCUGCUGCAAAUGAUGUGGAAGAUACAGUUGUGGAAGCUGUGCUUUGAAGUGUUAAUUCAAAUGGCAGAACAACUAUUAAGAAAACUGGGGUUCUGAAUCUGCUCGUUAGGAUUGCAGAAUGUAGUUUAAUUCUCUGUUAUAUUUUUCUCGUACACUUCUUUUUUUCCUGCGCAGAUAUUUUGAAUCCUUGAGUGUGGUUUGAUGACAGGCUAUUUGUGUUUUUUUUUACUCUGAAACAAGAGAGAUGGCAAUUUAGCUAUCGUUUUGAUGUAGUUUUAAUUUUAACAUGUUUUGCUGUGGAGACUUUUAGCAGGUAACAGAGUUACCUAAAGUAUAUCUAAUAAUUUUAACAUCCAAGAUAUGUGAGCUGAAAGUUGUGGUU